AUGGAUCCUCAAACAGAGAAAUCUCACAAACGAAAAAGAAAGCAUGCCAAAGCAGUCCCUGCAGAUGUGGAGCCUGAAGUCGUAGAUGCACCAUCAAGAACGAAGGUGCCCCGUUCCAAAGCCAUAAAGGAGCCACGAGAGAAAAGCAAAAAGAGGAGAAAGACGGCGCACUCUAGCGAAGAUGAAGGUCAAGACCAAGACCGAGAGGCUGACAAAACCCAAGAAGAAGAAGAAGAAGCUGAGGUUGAUACACCCCUUGCGAACGGUCAGCCCAUCGAGCCAGCAGACCGCUCACCCGAGGUGGACGAGGACCACGACGGAGGAGAUGAACUGGAAAAGACGGUAAACACAACAAAUGGAACAACAGAGACGACCACUGAUGGUCUACCGACUGAUUCUGUGCCCUCGCUACCAGGCGCAGAUGCAACACCACAGCAGUUCUCCGAGCUCAACAUCUCGGAGAAGACCAUGAAGGCAAUCCAAGAGAUGAAAUUCGAGACCAUGACUGAGAUACAGCAACGAGGAAUCCCGCCACUACUAGCAGGCCGAGAUGUUCUGGGCGCAGCAAAAACGGGGUCUGGAAAGACACUCGCAUUUUUGAUCCCGGCGGUUGAAAUGCUCUCAGCUCUGCGGUUUAAACCUCGCAACGGGACUGGUGUCGUCGUUGUCUCGCCUACCAGAGAGCUUGCUCUCCAGAUAUUUGGUGUGGCAAGGGACCUCAUGCAAUUCCACAGCCAAACUUUUGGGAUCGUCAUUGGGGGAGCGAACCGAAGCGCCGAGGCAGAGAAGCUAACCAAAGGCGUAAAUCUUCUCAUCGCGACACCGGGCCGUCUCCUCGACCACCUGCAAAACACGAAAGGAUUCGUCUUCAAGAACACGAAAGCGCUGGUCAUCGACGAGGCGGAUCGAAUCCUCGAAGUCGGCUUCGAGGACGAAAUGCGGCAGAUCGUCAAGAUCCUGCCCAAGGAAGAUCGUCAAACGAUGCUCUUCUCCGCAACGCAGACCACCAAGGUCGAAGACCUCGCCCGCAUCUCUCUGAGACCUGGCCCGCUCUACAUCAACGUCGACCACAAGAAAGAGCACAGCACGGUCGAGGGCCUAGAGCAGGGGUACGUGAUCUGCGAGAGCGACAAGCGGUUCCUGCUGCUCUUCUCCUUCUUGAAGCGCAACCUGAAGAAGAAAGUCAUCGUGUUUAUGUCGAGCUGCAACUGCGUGAAAUACCACUCCGAACUCCUCAACUACAUCGACCUGCCCGUCCUCGAACUGCACGGAAAUCUCAAACAGCAGAAACGCACGAACACCUUCUUCGAAUUCUGCAACGCGACGCACGGCACGCUUGUCUGUACAGAUGUAGCGGCCAGGGGGCUCGAUAUCCCCUCCGUGGACUGGAUCGUGCAGUUCGACCCACCGGACGACCCGAGAGACUACAUUCACCGAGUGGGGCGGACGGCGCGAGGCUCCAACGGGAAAGGAAGAAGCUUGAUGUUCCUGCAACCAAACGAGGUGGGAUUUCUCAGUCACCUGAAAGAAGCUCGCGUGCCAGUGGUCGAGUUCGAUUUCCCGGCUAAGAAGCUCGUCAACAUCCAGAGUCAGCUGGAGAAGUUGAUCACCCAGAACUACUAUUUAAAUAAGUCUGCCAAGGACGGCUACCGUUCGUACCUGCAGGCAUAUGCAAGCCACAGCCUACGGUCUGUAUUCGACGUGAACAAAUUAGAUCUGGUGAAGGUGGCCAAGAGCUUCGGGUUCGCAACACCACCGCGCGUUGAUAUUCAGCUCGGAGCUAGCAUGCACCAGCGAGACAAGAAGCAGAGUCGGAGAGGCUAUGGGAGUCAGCCAAAGCAUUCCGGACGUGGGGGACAUGGUUUCAAGCGCAGUAGUUAG